UAUAUAUAUAUAUAUAUUGAGGUGUAUGUAACAUUGACAUAUAUUGAGGACACAAUGGCCAUGAGUAUGAGGCAGAGAAGAGGGGGAAACAUCAUUUACCGUCCACAUCGAAGAAUAGCUCCACCCUCUUAUGAGACUUUCCAGCCUAAUUCAGAGUGGAUUGAAGAAGAUAGUUCAACCAUUUUACUCGUUUAUGUUGAAGGUUUCUUGAAGGACCAAAUCAAGGUGGACCACGACGAAUCCGCAGGCCUGAUCAGGGUUAGUGGAGAGCGUCCUGUUCUAGACAGGAGACACCUUCGUUUUAACCAACAGUUUAGUGCACCAGAAGAUUGUAACCCAGAGAAAUGGAAACCCAAUUUGAUGAAGGGAUUCUCAGGAUCACAAUUCCAAAGCUCAACAUUGGUCCUAAAGAGAAUGCCAAGGAAACCCUCCUUCAAGAAGCCUUAAUAGAGCCCAUACCUCAAAAGGGUCAUGAAGAUAUUCUGCCUAAAACAACAUCAGACGCCAACAAUGAAGAACAAAAAGCAGAGGAAAAAAUCGAAGUUGUAAUCUCCGAAAGAUCAAACGAAGCCGAGAAUGUUACGGAGGAUAAGGAAGAUGAAAUUGGUGAGAAAAGUAAAGAAUCGAAGACAAGUGUUAAUCUUCUUGAAAACAAAGAGAAGGAAAAGAAUGAAAGUGACACUAAUUUAGAGACUCAGAGAGGUGGUGGUGAUUAUGAAGAGAAGCCGGGGAAGGUUGGUCCUUCCAUUACUGGACAUAAUGAAGAGAAGCAAAUGCUGAUAAAUGUUGGUGUAGCAACUUUGGUGAUUUUAACAGUUGGUGCUCAAGUAUACAAUACCAUUAUUGGUUUCAACUGUACAAGUUAAUCAGAACCAUAUAAGUGAACACAACGUUGUAUAUACACAUAUUAUGUAACUUUAUAAGUGAACACAACGUUGUAUAUACACACAUUAUAUAACUUUAUAAGUGAACACAUUGUACUUUGAAUA